ACUGUCUUGUAUCACCGCGGCAGCAUUCAGGUGGAGAAUGCUCCUGGCGCGGAAUAAUCCACCUGAAUGUGAAUCCUGACCGUUUUAGGCGCCAAUGGAGGCCGCUGCUAUGGGGCCGGCCGUGGGGUGGCGCUGUUGCCCUGUGACGUGACUCCGUUUUCACCUGGGCGGGAGUCUCCGUGACACCUGACCAUCUAGCGAUCACUGGAGUAAGAAAUGAGUGCGGAUCAGCAACAAGCCCAGCCUUUACAGUUUCAGCAGAGGCUUCCCGUGGCUGGCGUGUGGCGAGUCCCGGAAACCUCGGAGCCCGCAGGCUUCCCUUCGCUGGAGCCCGCCCGAACUCCAUCCUCUGCCGGCAGCCACGCCCCGCAGUGGGAAGGAGGGACUGGGAGCGUUUCCGUGAGGCUGGCACGCCUUGCCCUACCCAACCCAGUCUAUUUCCCCUCCGCCUGGGCCGGUGCCAUCUGAAGCCGGAGUGACCCGAGGAGGAACACGCAGGGAAGAAGACAUCCCUGUGGCAAUGGGCGAUGAGAGGGUCAUGACACGGAUGCUCCUGGAAUGCAGUCUCAGUGACAAGUUGUGUGUCAUCCAGGAGAAGCAGUAUGAAGUGAUUAUCGUCCCAACUUUCUUGGUUACUAUCUUCCUCAUCCUUCUUGGGGUCAUCCUGUGGCUUUUCAUGAGAGAACAAAGAACUCAACAGCAGCGUCCUGGACCUCGAGACAUUGCCCCUGUCCCUCCAUCUAGGGACCUAAGCUGGGAAGCAGCUGGAUGUGGAGGAAAUGUGGCUUUGCCACUUAAGGAGACAUCUGUGGAAAACUUUCUGGGAGCUACCACACCUGCCUUGGCUAAGCUGGAGGUGCCCCGGGAGCAACUCUCUGAAGUUCUGGAGCAGAUUUGCAAUGGUAGCUGUGGGCCCAUCUUUCGAGCCAGUAUGAACACUGGGGACCCUUCUAAGCCCAAGAGUGUUAUUCUCAAAGCUUUAAAAGAACCAGCUGGGCCCCAUGAGGUACAGGAUUUCUUGGGGCGAGUCCAAUUCCAUCAAUACCUGGGGAAACACAACAACCUGGUGCAGCUGGAAGGCUGCUGCACCGAAAAGCUGCCACUCUAUAUGGUGAUGGAGGAUGUGGUCCACGGAGACCUGCUCAGCUUUCUCUGGACCUGUCGCCGGGUGAGCAGUAGGGUAGAGGAUGUGAUGACCAUGGAUGGUAUUCUCUAUGAUCUCACAGAAAAACAAGUAUAUCACAUCGGAAAGCAGGUCCUUUUGGCUCUGGAAUUCCUGCAGGAUAAGCACUUGUUCCAUGGGGAUGUGGCAGCCAGGAAUAUCUUGAUCCAAAGUGAUCUCACUGCUAAGCUCUGUGGAUUGGGCCUGGCUUAUGAAGUUUAUACCCGAGGGGCCAUCUCUUCUCAAACCAUACCUCUCAAGUGGCUUGCCCCAGAACGGCUUCUCCUAAGACCUGCUGGCAUCAAAGCAGAUGUAUGGUCUUUUGGGAUCCUGCUCUAUGAGAUGGUGACUCUAGGGGCACCACCGUAUCCUGAAGUCCCUCCUACCAGCAUCCUACAGCAUCUCCAAAGAAGGAAUAUCAUGAAGAGACCCAGCAGCUGCACACAUACCAUGUAUAGUAUUAUGAAGUCCUGCUGGCGCUGGCAUGAGGCUGGCCGCCCCUCACCUAGAGAGCUACGCUUGCGCCUAGAAGCUGCCAUUAGAACUGCAGAUGACAAGACUGUGUUACAAGUACCAGAGUUGGUGGUACCUGAACUGUAUGCAGCUGUGGCUGGCAUCAGAGUGGAGAGCCUCUUCUACAAUUAUAGCAUCCUUUGAAGAGUCCCAGACAAGAAACGUUUAUGCAUGAUUAUAUGUUCUUGGACUCAAUUCAUCUAAGAACAGAGAAUAGUGUUUCCAGGGGACACAGAGGGAGACAUGGAACAUGGAUUCUUCAUCUUCCUUUCCACAUUUCUCUGGAAAUCUGAAAUGACGCUGGAUGAGACUCUACGCACCAUACACCCUGAGCUGAGACACAUUAUCGGUCUCGCUUCUGCUGUCUCAGUCCUAGAAACACUGGGUAGAAGUGGUGGAUGUGCGCAAAGGAGGUUUUAGAAUUCUGCAGUAUUUGUUGGGGCAUGACAUAAAUAAGCUCAUCCCUCCCAUCCUAGGCUAGUUUUCUCUGGAACCACAUUUUUAUCUAGAUGAUUACAAGGUCCAGAAAAUUUGGAAUGAAAUGAAGGAAUAGAAAUCCAAUAAAAGAGUUGAAGGGAAAGGAAAUUUAAGGUUCUACUUGCUCAGGAUUACAGAUGUGGACCAACACCUCCUUCAGAGAAAAGGUGGUAGGACACCUGAUCUUUCAGUCCUGAUUCCUACCUAUAGGGUUGCAAGAGAACUAUAAUGGAAAACCUCUGAGUUUCCCCUUCAGUAUAGAUAAAACAAAGAUGGUCCCCUUUUAUCUAAGACACAUAAACUCUGUUUGUUAGUAACUUUUAAUUAGAAGGUGGAGGGGUCAUUUCAUGAUUGAGAACAUUCAACAUGUAUUGUUCAUUGAACUAGCUUCCUAGCUCCGAUUAGACUAAGGAGAUUAAGCCUAGAGAGUCAAUGUUAGAACAGUGAUAAAAAUGCUGUGUGUGCAUGUGUGUGUGCACAGUCAAUAGGGAAUAUAGAAACUAAGCAAGAAGGCUCAGCAGCCCAGUCUUUAACAAGGGCUAGAAAAGACUGUCAUCUUAUAUGGAAGGAUAGUAGCUUCUAAUUUUCAAUCAUCCAUUGAUAUACUGUGAAACUUAUUUUAUUAAAUUAAUAUUUAUUGAAUGGAAAUAUGUUUUUCUGGUUUACAACUGUUAAAAAUCUCUGUCGUGGGGAGGAUAAAAUAAAUGGAAGUUAAUGUCAAUAGAAAAAUGAAAAGGGAUUCUUAAUGUGCAAGGUUGGUCUGAAUAUUGAGUAUGCAUUUGUACAGUAUCUGGCACAUAUGUGCUCAAUAAAUGUGUUUCUCCUUUUCUUUUGCCCUUCCUAACCCAGGCCCUUUCAUAAAGGUAUUUUUUCAUUUAAAAUCUACUGUGGCCAAGAAGAGAACCUCAGUCUGGAACACUGCAAGGCAGGACAUGCCUAAAGUAUGGCACAAGUAUUAAUAUUAUACACGUGCAAUGAUGAAGUCAUCAUUUUUGCAUGCUUUUGGAUGAUGAUAGUGAACUCAUACUAUUUCAAAAUAUUGAAAACAUCAUCAUGAGGGAAGUUCUGUUGAACAUGGUGGUCUGUGAUUUUAAAGAACAUCUUGGGUACCCUGGAAGGAACAUCUAAGGCUGCCGUUAAGAAAGAGGACUGGCAGCCAAAAAUGUUGUAGAAGUUGGAAUCCUGAUGGAAUCGUGAUAAGUCAGCUAAAAGAAUAAUGAUUCUGACCUCUGAAAGAAUACCACAAUGACUAGUCAGGAUUUAAAUGGGUAGUCAGUUGCAAGAGAGAAAAGGGCGGAAAAGUGGGUUCACACAAAAUGACAAAGUCCUAUGGAAUCCCAUUGUUGCCUCUCGCUUAAGUCAAAAUUACAAAGUAUUUCCUUAUUUAUCUGACCACUUAAAAAUAUUGAGUGUUAAGGCUUGCUGUGCUAGACACUUGGCUAGGUGUAGGAUAAAAGAAACAGGGAGCUUUUGAUUACACUCUAGAAGGUGAGACACGUUAUACAUUUUUUUGUGUGGGUAUCCGUUAAUUACAAAGUGUUAAGUGCUAUGAAGAAAAAGCACAUGAUAGUAGAACGGAGUUUAAAAGGAAUACGUCCCUGAAAAGAAAUGGACUAAACUGAGAACUUAGGGAUGGGUAAGUAACCCAGGCCGAAUCAGAAGCGCCUCCCAGGGGGAUGACACGUGUGUGUGAAUCCUGAGGCAAGGAACUGCGAGGAAACAUAUGGGCUGCAGCACGGUGAGUUAAGGGAAGGUGGCACACAGUGAAAUGGGAGGUUGCUUUUUUGCGUUCUCAUAUUUGUUUCAGUAGGAGGGAAAGAAGCAGACAAUUGACAUUUAAAUUUUUUAUCCCCAAUUUUAUUUGUUUUUCUAGCCUGGAAAGCUGGAUACAGUAAUUUUUACUCUAAGAAAACUGGGUCUUUCUCUCACUUGGCCAGGUUUCUUCCAAAAGGAGGAUGAUAUUUCUGGUAUCUUUGACCUUUCAGCCAAAUGGUGUUUCCAAACUAAUGAAUGAAAAGAGAAACAAAAUAUUUAUCAUUUAAUCAGGUUGACUGUAGAUAGAUUUUGUUGUAUUGUUUUGAUUGCCUUCUCUCCAGUCUUGUUUUUCCAAUCUAUGCUUUAUUGUUAAAAAAAAAAAAUUCCAGCACUUAGGAACAAAGCAAACACCCACCUAGAUACAGUGUCUAAGGGAAACUUGGCGAUAUCAUUUAAAAUAGAAUAGUCUGAACCAGUAGUUCUCAAAUUAUGCUCAUGGAAAACAGUAUGAUUUUCAUGACAGAUUUAGGUAUUCUGUUAUUAAAAUUAAAUAAUAGUGGUGGCUUUUUUUUUUUAACAUUUUAAAACAAAAAAAGUAAGUUAGUGGAUAGAGUUUUCUUAAUCUUAACUUUGUUGCAAUAUUUUUUUUUAAAUUUUGCUUUGACAUGCUCAUUGAAAUAAAUAAACAAGUAGCAAAUACAGUGGAAGACGACUAUUACCCUUAAGUUAGCACUGUGUUUACUUGUUUUGCGCAAAAGAGUUCGCGAUUAUGCUAUGUGUUUGAAGCAUAUAAUAUUGUCAUAUGCUGGAAAAAAUUUUAGAUUGAAUAAUGGAAUUAAAUAUACCAUGUCAUGAUAAUCUAGAAAUAGCUCCAAGUGCUCACAUAUGAACAUAUGUGAUAAAGAAUGGUGUGGAAAAUUUGGUGUUUUUGCAUGAUAGUGAUUCUCUUAUUUAAAAAGUAAUACCUCUGAGCGAUAAAAAGACAGAUAAGGCUAAAUCCACAGGGAAGUCUAUUAUGGAAAAGAGAAAAGCAAGGUGGGUGGAUGAAUUAAAAAUUAAAAUAGGCUACCUCAUUCUGAAUAUUUUUAAAAAUUUAAACCACAUUAUGCACUUAUUCUUGACUUACUACUCUGAUCCAUUAUUAAUAAAUGAAUGAGAUAGCCCCAUCUUUUGUUGUGUAAAUACAAAAUCAAAAUGAAUCAAACAUUACUAAUAAAAUAAAUCUAAAACAUGAGACUCUUAUAUCCAGUGCUUAUCACAAUAAAGAUGGAAAAAGUUUCUGAAAA